UCUCUGCCGUUCUCGUCACACGGAUACCAUAUGAUACAGAAAUGUUAACAGAUUUUUUCUGUAGUUUUUAAUGCAUCAAUUAUAAUGUGUCUUGCUGAUGUAUGCAAUUCCAUUUUCUCCUGAGAUCAAUAAAGUAUAUCUUGUUUUGUAUGCCGGUAUGACUACAAUAGUGAUCAAAAUUAGAGAACGAGUGACAUUUUUGUAAUUUACGAAGUCGCUACCUACCCAUACUUCCAAGUUAUUCUAACAUGAUUAAAUAUGGUUUAAAAUUCACAUUAAUCGUACUUAUGAUUAAAUAUGAUUUUAAAAUUAUUUCAUCAGUGAAAACCAUCGAACGCCAGGAAAUAAAAGGUAUAAACAAGAAAUUUGAAAGUCUGCACACAAAAUUAGAAAACAGUUUGUUAUACUUGACAGUUUUUGGUUCUAAUCUGAAAUAUUUGGCAACCCCAAUCUAUUUGGAAACAUUGGUAGGCAUCAAUGUGCCUGAAACCCUGUGACGUCAAGUUGUUCAAAUGAAGGCUGAUGGACUGAUCCUCUAAACCAUUGGAACAGAAGUUAGUCAUUCCAAGAGCUUAAUUUCUUGAAUAUUGAAGCUGUACACAGAAACUAAGUUAUUUAUGUCUCAGAAAAAGGCUGGUUUCCCACAUACGCGCGCAGAAGAGAACAGGACAAUAGGGAGACACUCCAUGGGGAUUGGUUCAACACCGCAGUUGGAAUUGCUCACAAAAUUAGUUUUGGACAGGGCAAGAAUUUGUCUUGAUAGGGAAAAUAUGGACUGAAAGCCAACUUCACAGUGACUAAGCUGCUCAUCAGCAAGAAGAAAUAAAAGGUUAGACUAGCCCUUUGCUGAGGAGCAUAUUGUGUGGGCAGAGAACUGGUCCAAAUUUAAGUUGGUUAAGAUGGUUGGUUAGUUUUGUGCAGCAUUGAAUUGGGGAAAGUCUUCACUAAAAGUGUGUCAAGAAGUCUGAAAUGUUGGGAGGGGGUGUGGGGUGUGUUUUCUGCUGCAGGAGUCAGGCUUUUUAUACUUCUACAUGACGAGGUGAACGCUAAUGAGCAUCCGAACCUCCUUCAGCAGCAUGAGAUUCCUUCCUUACGAGCAUCGCCCAGUCAGCCAGUCAUUUUUAUACAAGACAAUUUCCCCUAUCAAACUGCUUAAUGGAUGAAGCAAUUCCUCAAAGCUGAGAACAUCAAGGUGACGAAAUGGCCAGACUAGAGUCCUGAUCUGAACCUUAUCAAGAAUCACUGGAAGGAAUCGUGACAGGAUGUCUAAAAUAGAGCGCCUGAAUGCCCGUGUGGCGAAGCUCCUGACGGUGGCCGUGCAUGAGGUGCUGGAGGUGGUGAAAGAGACCGUGUCGGAGUACCAGGAGAAGACCGCUCGGACGCAGAGGGAAAACGAGAGCCUCAAGCGGAGGCUGCAGGAGCUCCAGGAUAAGCUCAAGAGAGGAAACACAGGUACUGUUCAGUCUGUUGCACUUCAUCUGUCUGGAGAAAGAGUUCCCAGUGAGCAGGAGCGGAGCCCCGGGCUCAGGCAGAGCACAGAGCUACAUCUGGCUGAAGAGAAGCAGGAACCCCCCGAGGAAGCCAGCGCCAUGCAGAGGGAGGAGGAUCUAAGCAUAUUGGAACCGAAUGCCACACCAGAGCCAGAGAGCGACUACAGUGUAACGUUACCUGAAAGUGACGAAGGAGGUCCUGAAUGUGGUUCUCAGAUGUCCGACACGGACCUGUCAGUGUUUGGGCCUCGUUUGAAAAGUGCCCCCGACCUGGACUCUAUUCACGUCGUGCGUAUAUCUGAUGGACUGCCUGCUGGUGCCUUUGGUUUAGCAAGGCAACCAGGUUUUUCCUCUGAUGAAAUUAAAAUGGAAGCAGAAUUGCCUGAUUACGUAAUGGCGAGAAGGCACAUAUCCCAGAGUCCUUUUGAUGAACAUGCAGAUUCAAAUGCUAAUGCAGUGCAGCAGGAACCCACCAACGAGGCCCCUCAAGAUAACAUGGUGGAUUUACCUUUUGGUCAUUCUCACUCAAACUACAGUGCCAUGGGAAGGAGGUUUGCGUUUGGCAAAAACACUAGGAGCACUCAUGACAGUAGAAAACACAAGCAGUACUACAGGAAGGACGAAGAUCAUCGCUGCAUCUUGUGCGGAAAGACCUUUAGCCGAAUCGGAAACCUGAGGAUACAUCAGAGAUGCCACACGGGAGAGAAACCUUACUGCUGCACGCAGUGUGGAAGGUGCUUCAGUCAGGCGGGUGACCUCAAGAAACACAAACGAGUGCACACGGGUGAGAAACCCUACUACUGUACUCAGUGCGGCAAGAGCUUCAGUCGUGGGGAAAACUUGAAACGGCACCAGAAGAUUCACAUAGGAGAGACUCUGCACCUCCAUCAAGUAUGGAGAGACCCACAAUCUAAUAAGGCACUUUGAGAAUUAAAGCUGUGUCUCUGUUGUUGAUUGUCGGUUAUGCAAAUAUAUAUCCUUCCCUAUAAAAUUAUAUUUUUUUACUAGAUAACAUUAUUCUUGGUUUUUGUUUUACACAAGGCUAUUGCUGGAUGUUGUGUUAAGCUGUAUUUAUUGAUUUGUUUAGUAACAUGUAGCUGUAUGUGAAAACCAGUGCUGCUUAAGCUUAUCUUAUCGUUUCAUACUGACACUGAACCAUCUUCAGCAAAUGCAUUUACUGUUGUGCAUUUCCUCACUGCCAUAAAAUAAAAUUAGUCAUCACUAUAGCCUCCAAUUUACAUGUUGAUUCUAAAAUAAAUAUAAAUAAAUAGUGGCUAUUGUGUGUCACUUUUUAAAAUAAGA